AAGGCCACACUGUAGCAGGAGAUUCUUUAGCAGUCAGAAAUGUCCGGACACGUGUGGAGAGUAAAGAAAUUUUGGCCACAAUUAACAUGCAUGCACCAAAGUUGAUAAAAUGCCCAAAUCAACAAUUCCACUAUGAAUUCAGAUAUACCAACUUUCUUCCGCUUCAGUCACUUGUGUACACGUUUUACGCACUAAAUUUAGCAUCAGCAAGUACAAGUAUAAAUAGCUCAAUCGCGAUCCAGAAUUUAUCAUCGAAAGCUCUGUUCUAAAAAUAAACUACUUGCUUACAUAAGCACCCCUCUUUGGGUUUCUUAAUUUGUUUCCAAUAAGUCAAUUACCAUACUCCCCUACUACAUCAAGAUACAUACAUUUUACACAACAUCGCAACAAUGGCUGUCUUGAAGUCCCUGGCGUUUAUUGCCCUGCUAAUGCUUGCUACUUCUGCUAUUAUAUCUGAAAGUCGGGUGGCAAGAAAAGACUUGGGUGUAGAUCUUGGUGGGGCAGGAGUUGGGGUUGGUGCAGGCGCUGCAGGGUUGGGUUUGGGCUUAGGAGGUGGUGCAAGUGGGUCUGGAGUUGGAUCCGGGUCUGGAGCUGGAUCCGGGUCUGGCUCGGGUUCUGGUUCAAGUUCUAGUUCUGGGUCGGGUUCGGCUUCUUCAUCAGGAUCUGGAUCAGGUUCUCGAUCUGAAGCAGGUUCAUCUGCCGGGUCCUAUGCUGGUUCCAGGUCUGGCUCAGGGUCAGAUUCUGAAGCAGGCUCUGAAGCAGGUUCAUCUGCUGGGUCCUAUGCUGGCUCUAGGGACGACUUAGGUUCUGGGUCUGAAGCAGGUUCAUCUGCAGGGUCUCAUGCUGGUUCUAGUGCCCGAUCUGGAAGUAACCAAGGACGUGGAGGAGGAUCUGGAUCAGGCCAUGGCGAAGGUCGCAACUGAGAACAUGUCAUGGUAUCCUUGUAAAUUAAAAAUAUAAGUUGUCACCAUUUUGUGUAUAAAUAAGUGGAUGGUGACCAUUAUGGGUCGUGUACGUUUCUCUUGUUAGCAUAAAAUUCCAGGUCUUAUGAAGAUUAAUGUAUAAGUACUUUUGAAUGCCA